UCGAUUUCGUGGGGGGAAAUGUAUAAAACCCCAGCCGUGAAGAGGACCAUCUCAAAAUCUGUUGCUGCCAGCUCGACUAUGCGCACCUCCCGAUGGAUCGUGGUGCUGGCUCUUCUCGCCCAAGCUUUUGCCGCAGUCACCGACCGUUCAGACGAAGAUGCAGAAAAACUACGAAACCUUCAUGAAGCGAGCAUCACAACAGAGUACACACUGGAAGAACUGCUGACAGACAGCAAUUACACAGAAAUCGAGGCUCUUUUAGCGAUGGAAAACGAAGAGAGCACCACGAAUUACGAAGUUGAUGCGGCAACAGAAAAGCCAAGUGAAGAGGGUGAAGAGGACCAGUUUGAAUUUCACAAUGGAACGGCUCAAAAUGGCAGAAUAUUGGGAGGAACGCCAGUCACGUCGGAAACUUUUCCGCAGUACAAUUACCACGUAUUAAUUGUGAGCGUAACUGCCGCUGACAUCGAAAGGUGGUUUUGCGGUGGCGCAUUAUUGUCGUCCACUUGGGCGCUGACCGCCGCACACUGCGUCGUAUUGGUUUCUACCAUAACUGUUUAUGCUGGAAAAUUCGAGGAUCCUUCAACAGUCACGAGCACCCCUCCGACAGCCACGGCCUAUAUUCAUCCCGCUUUUAGACUUAAUUUAAUGAUCAACGACAUCGCACUGCUGAAGCUGAGCACACCAUUGACACUUAGUGGUACUAUUGGAACCGCUAGACUUUCACUCGUCAAACCCACUGCUGCGUUAGAUAAUGUCGCGCUUACGACCAUGGGAUUCGGUCCUAAAACUGAUGCACAAGGUAUACCCGUGUCAGGCUCAAGUCCAGUAACACUGAAUGUUGUCGAAAUGACGAAUGUGAAAAAGUCGACGUGCAAUGCAAACACAAUUGAUGUUUACGUGACGUACCCAGGAAACACUGGAUGUUUGGGAACCUCUUCUGGAACCAAAGGAAUUUGCUUUGCUGACGAAGGUGCACCUGUUCUUUACACAAGCUCAUCUGAAACCACUGGCAAAAUUAUCGGCGUCACCUCUCAAAGGUUGGCUUGCCCAAGUGAUUAUCCCGGCUCUUUCACCUGGAUUUAUCCCUACAUUAGUUGGAUCAGAGCCACGACUAGGAAAAAUUUCACGUAGUAUUUAUUGCUUCUAUAAGCUUGCUUUUUUAUAUUUAUUCUUGGUGAGUAAAAUGUGGAAAAAUAAAUAUUUUUUAA